UCCCGGGAGCCCCAGGCCACCCGGGACUCUACCGUCCUCUGCAUCCCGCCAGCAGCUAGGACGACCAUGGCGAACAGCCACCGCCUCCUGCUGGAGAACGCGCAGCAAGUGGUGCUGGUGUGCGCCCGCGGCGAGCGCUACCUGGCCGGGCCGGCGCUGCGCAGCCUGGCGGUGCUGGAGGGCGCCAGCCUGGUGGUGGGCACUGAUGGGUUUAUAAAAGCUAUCGGCCCUGCUGACGCUAUCCAAAGACAGUUUUCUGGAGACACCUUUGAAGAAAGAAUUGAUUGCUCUGGGAAAUGCGUCUUACCAGGUUUGGUGGAUGCGCAUACACAUCCCGUGUGGGCUGGUGAGAGAGUCCACGAGUUUGCAAUGAAGUUGGCAGGGGCCACGUACAUGGACAUUCACCAGGCCGGAGGCGGGAUCAACUUCACGGUGGAGCACACGCGCCACGCCUCCGAGGAGGAAUUGUACGGCUCCUUCCGGGGGCGGCUGCAGUGCAUGCAGAGGGCCGGCUCCACCCUGGUGGAGUGCAAGAGCGGCUACGGCCUCGACCUGGACACGGAGCUCAAGAUGCUGCGCGUCAUCGAGCGCGCCCGGCGGGAGCUGCACCUCGGCCUCUCGGCCACGUACUGCGGGGCUCACUCGGUCCCCAAAGGAAAAACCGCCAUUGAAGCCACUGAUGACAUCAUCAGUAACCACCUACCAAGGCUGAAAGAACUCAGAGAAAAUGGGGAACUUCACGUUGACAACAUAGAUGUGUUCUGUGAGAAAGGUGUCUUUGAUCUGGAUACCACCAGAAGGAUUCUUGAAGGUGGGAAAAAGAUGGGGUUACAGAUCAACUUCCACGGGGAUGAGCUCCACCCGAUGAAGGCUGCCGAGCUCGGGGCUGAACUAGGAGCACAGGCGAUCAGUCACCUGGAGGAGGUCAGUGAUGAAGGCAUCACCGCCAUGGCUGCGGCCCGGUGUGCCGCCAUCCUCCUGCCCACCACGGCCUACAUGCUGAGGUUGAAGCAGCCUCGAGCCAGGAAGAUGCUGGAUGAGGGAGUCAUAGUUGCCCUGGGCAGUGAUUUCAACCCCAAUGCAUACUGCUUUUCAAUGCCGAUGGUCAUGCACCUGGCCUGUGUGAACAUGAGAAUGUCCAUGCCAGAGGCCUUGGCCGCUGCCACCAUCAAUGCGGCUUAUGCGCUGGGGAAAUCCCACACACACGGAUCUCUGGAAGUGGGCAAGCAGGGCGACGUCGUCAUCAUCCACGCAUCCAGGUGGGAACAUUUGAUUUACCAGUUCGGCGGCCAUCAUGAAUUGAUUGACUAUGUUAUAGUUAAAGGAAGAGUCAUCUAUAAAAAGUGACAGGUCUGGGCUAAUGAGACGGCUCAGUGGGCAGUCUCCUGUCACCAAGCCCGGUGACCGGAGUUCGGCCUCUGGGGACUCAGCUGGUGGAAGGAGAGAGUGCCUGAGAGUCACUCUGACCUCCACGUACUCACUGUGGUGUGUACCCGAUCUCGCACGCACGCACGCACGCACGCACGCACGCACGCACGCACGCACACCUGCACAUAACCUCUACAUAACCUCCACAUACUCACUGUGGUGUGUACCUGAUCACAUGCACGCACGCGUGUGUAUGCACACACAUACACAGGCACGCACACACGCACGCACACCUCCACAUAGCUAAAUGUAGAAAGCUAAAAAUAUACUUCAAAAAUGAUAGAUCUGGAAGGAAUGAGAAGACACUUUCUCUGUAUCCACUAAGUCCACGUGAGUUAAAGCAUUUCCGGGGUUUGCCAGGUCGGUCUAUGUCACUUCAGCUGCCUCAUUCGUCAGCGCUCUGCUGUUCCCUUGAAAACCCAAGGGGUUAGUUUAUUCGACUCAAGCAUGUGUACCUGGAUGUGCACACAGGUAAACCUCUUGUGAUGAAAUGUAGAGUUGUUUUCCCAAAGACUGGCUGCAGGUAUUCUGGGGUAAGCAUGAUGAGGUCGCUCAGAAGUGACUCUGUGGGAGAAACAAACUUGGCCUGAGAGUUCUGUUUCAUAUCUGCUAGCGAUCUGCCCACUGAGGCCAACGGUACCAUUUCCUAACAAGCAAACAGAACCAUCUCUCAGGAGAGUUUGUCUUUUGAGAUGCCUUCUGGUCAGUGAGGGCUUUCUGGGGCAGAGUUGUCGGCCUUUGAAAUGAAGCUUCAGCACAGAGUUCAAGACUCGAUAUCUUGCACAGACAUGGAAACUCUCUUAGACGAAUGCAUUUUAAUCAACACCAAUGAGGUAGCUUUAAAAGAAAACCUUUAAAAUUUUUUAUAGCACAAAGCCACGGAAAACGUUUUAUUGUGUAAAUAUCUGCCGCUGUCACCAUUGUUGCUUCCUGACCGCCCCCGGAAGUAGAUCAGCAGUAUUGUCUACAGAGUGUUUCGAACUGUUCAAAGAACAAAUCACAGACUCGUUUGCAGAGUGAAUGAUUAUUUGUAUAAACUGGUGUGUCUAACGCUGCGUCACCUUACUUGAAAACUUGUAAAAGGUUUCCGUGAUCUUUGCAAUCACAGCAUCAUCAAACACUGUCCUAUUGCAGAGCAGUGAUUUUACAAAUAAACAUCAGUUGCCAGA